AUGUUCAAGUUACUAAGUCUUGGAAUAUUCUUAAUAAUCAGCAAUGUUCAAAUUGUACAUCUAGGCUCUCCAACAUACAAACCAACAGUGACUAAUCCACCAAAAUCAUCAACUAAGUUGCCAAGUUUGAUUUCUUUGGAUAAAAUACUGCCAAAAACUGAUCUUCAAGAAAAGAAGCUAAUAAAAGAAGUUGAAGAUAAAUUGGAAUUGGAUGUACUUAGAAAGGCAGGCAAAAAAUCAAAAACUACAAAGAGUUAUAAUAAGCAGAACAAAAAAGGACUUACAGGAGAAUUAGGAAGCAAUUUGAAUGUAGCUUUAGGUCAACCAGGAGAGCUUCUACCAAUAUAA